AUGAUGGAGAAGGAGGACCGAUUAGAGUUCUGCUUUCCACAACUCAUCAACAUCUCCUGCAGGAAGCCCACGUCUCAUUGGUCUGAUGGUGUUUUGCUAAAUGUUGUCCUGGGCAUCAUCUGUAUCUUCACUGUGGUUCUCAACUUGCUGGUCAUCAUCUCAAUCUCCCACUUCAGGCAGCUCCACACUCCCACCAACCUCCUCCUCCUCUCUCUCGCUGUCUCUGACUUUAUGGUGGGCCUCCUGGUAUGGCCUGGUGAGAUCUACACGAGAACAUCCUGCUGGACUCUUGGAGAUAUUUUUUGUUCUGCGUGGUUCUCCAUAACCGUCAUGCUGACGUGUGCAUCAGUAGGAAACAUGGUGCUGAUAUCAGCUGACCGUUAUGUGGCUAUUUGUGAUCCUCUGCAUUAUAACACCAAAGUCACUGUGAAAAGGGUUCAGCUUUGUGUUUGUCUCUGUUGGUUCUUUUCUCUCCUCCUGUGUAGCAUCAUCUUGAAAGAUGGUCUGACUCAUCCUGGAAAGGCUAAUUCCUGCUAUGGAGAGUGUUUUGUUAGUCUUGACUUUGAAGGCGUGAUUGUUGACCUUGUAAUGGUCUUCGUCCUUCCUCUGGGCAUCAUCGUUACUCUGUACACGAGAGUGUUUGUGGUUGCUGUGUCUCAGGCCCGAGCCAUGCGUUCUCAUGUUACAUCAGUCAAACUACAACAUCCAGUCUCUGUCAGAGCAAAAACAUCAGAGUUGAAGGCAGCCAGGACUCUUGGUGUCCUGGUCCUUGUCUUUCUCAUGUGUCUCUGUCCAUUUUACAGCAUUUCUCUCGCAGGUGACAGCAAAAUAAUAUCUUCAUUUGCCAGCUAUGCCAUUUAUCUGUUUUACCUAAACUCCUGUUUAAACCCGUUGAUCUAUGUCUUGUUCUAUCCCUGGUUUAGAAGAGCUGUUAGACUGGUUGUCACUCUGCACAUACUGCAGCCUGGCUCCUGGGGGGACAACAUACUGUAAAGAAAAGACGGGCUUUCUUUCUCUGUGCAAUAUAAAACAAAAUGUAAACACAUCUUGUUAUAUCUUUCAUCUGAGUAUUAAUGCUGAUUGUACUUGACAGUUAUUUGCUUAAUUGUUACUAACUGAAAGUAAGCCUGUUCGAUUUGAUUUAAAAAUUGGAAACCGGAGUACCCGGAGAAAACCCACGCAUGCAC